AUGCUCAGCAUUCCAUCUCUGGGGCGCUAUGCCGCCGCGCUGGGCUUUGGUUCGGUGCUCCUCGCCCAGGGGACUCAUGCCCAGUCCACCUCAGGCGUCACGGUCGAUGGCACAGACUUCGCCCUGAACGGCGACAAGGUCUCGUACCGCUUCCACGUCGACAAUGCCACCGGUGACCUGAUCGGAGACCACUUCGGCGGCUCGGCCUACGAGACAGUGGCCCUGCCGGAGCCAGAGGUCAACGGCUGGGUCGGUAUGCCCGGACGGGUGAGGCGCGAGUUCCCAGACCUCGGCCGUGGUGAUUUCAGGAUCCCUGCCGUCCGCGUCCGCCAGAGUGCGGGAUACACCGUCAGCGACCUCCAAUACCAGUCGCACACCGUCGUCCCCGGCAAGCCGGAGCUCCCGGGCCUGCCCUCGACCUUUGGCAGCGAGGAGGACGUGUCUACCGUUGUGAUUCACCUUUAUGACAACUACUCCUCCAUCGCGGCAAAUCUCACGUACUCCAUCUUCCCCAAGUACGAUGCCGUUGUCAGGAGCGUGAGUCUCACGAACCUGGGAGAGGGCAACAUCACUGUCGAGAGGUUGGCUAGCUUCAGCGUUGAUCUCCCGUACACCGACCUGGACAUGAUCGAGCUCCGUGGAGACUGGGCGAGAGAGGCCAUGAGGCUCAGGAGAUCAGUCGAAUACGGCGUUCAAGGAUUUGGUAGCACCACUGGAUACUCAUCUCACUUGCACAACCCUUUCCUCGCCCUGGCCACACCAAGCACCACAGAGUCCCAGGGAGAGGCAUGGGGCUUCUCUCUGGUCUACACGGGCUCAUUCCAGGUGGACGUCGAGAAGGGCUCCCAGGGUUUCACGCGUGCGCAGCUCGGAUUCAACCCUUACCACCUUUCAUGGAACCUCGGACCUGGCGAGAGCCUCACAUCGCCCGAGACGGUGGCCAUUUACUCCAACACCGGAGUUGGUGGUCUGUCACGCGCCUACCAUCGUCUGUUCCGCAACCAUCUCAUCAAGAGCGACUUCAAGACCGAGACACGCCCGGUCCUGCUGAACUCCUGGGAGGGCCUCUACUUCGACUACAACCAGAGCACCGUCUACACGCUUGCCCAGGAAGCCGCCGACCUUGGCGUCAAGCUGUUCGUGCUGGACGAUGGGUGGUUUGGAGAGGAAUACCCACGGGUGGAUGAUGAUGGCGGUCUUGGUGACUGGGAAGUCAACACAGAGCGGUUCCCGAGCGGCUCCCUCGCCCCGCUUGUCGACCAGGUCACGCAGCUCCAGGCGGCCAACUCGACGACAAACCUGCAGUUCGGGCUCUGGUUCGAGCCCGAGAUGGUCAACCCCAACUCGACGCUGUACCACGAGCACCCGGACUGGGUGCUGAGCGCCGGCAGCUACCCGCGCACGCUGCGCCGCAACCAGCUGGUCCUAAACCUCGCCAUGACCGAGGUGCAGGACUUCGUCAUCGAGUCCGUGGCCAACAUCCUCAGCAACGCCUCCAUCACGUACGUCAAGUGGGACAACAACCGCGGCUUCCACGAGACCCCCUACGACGGUGUCGACCACGCCUACAUGCUCGGCAUGUACCGCGUCUUCGACACGCUGACCACGCGCUUCCCCGAGGUGCUGUGGGAGGGCUGCGCCAGCGGCGGCGGGCGCUUCGACCCGGGUGUCCUGCAGUACUUCCCGCAGAUCUGGACGAGCGACAACACCGACGCCCUGGAGCGCAUCUUCAUCCAGUUCGGGACGAGUCUCGUCUAUCCACCCUCCGCCAUGGGCGCCCACGUCAGUGCGGUCCCCAACCACCAGACCCAGCGCACCACCCCGAUCGCCUUCCGCGCCCACGUCGCCAUGAUGGGCGGCAGCUUCGGGCUCGAGCUCAACCCGCCCGAGAUCGCCGAGGAGGACCGCGAGCAGCUGCCGGGGCUCAUCGCCCUCGCCGAGCGCGUCAACCCCCUCGUCAUCAACGGCGACCUCUGGCGCCUGCAGCUGCCCGAGGACUCCAACUGGCCCGCCGCCCUGUUCAUCUCCGAGGACGGCGCCGAGGCCGUCCUGUUCUACUUCCAGGUCCGCUCCGUCUGGAACCAGGCACUGCCCUUCAUCCGCCUCCAGGGCCUCGACCCUGCGGCUACCUACUCCGUUGAGGGGGCUGGUACCUACUCGGGCGCGACGCUCCUGAACGUCGGCCUGCAGUACUCGUUGCUGGGCGAUUAUAAUAGCACCGUGGUUUUUAUUAACCGCGUCUAA